CAAGCCUUUGAGGGGGCGCGGUCUCCGCCCGAGACUCCCGAGAAGGCUAAAAGCGCCACGUCCCGUUCCCUUCCCGUUCUGCCCGAGUGAAAAAGGGCCCCUCGCCUCGAUCGUUGUUCCUCAGGGCUCGCAGACAUGUCGGAGUUGAAGAGCCGGAAGAAGUCGUCGACCAAGGCGGCGUCCGCAGAGCCCGGGAGGCCGAGCGAGGGAGGGAAGAGCCUCGCGACCCCGGGCGGUGGAGGCAGGGGCUGGGCGGACCCCCGGACAGGCCUGAGCCUGCUGUCGCUGGGGACAUGCCUGGGCCUGGCCUGGUUUGUAUUUCAGCAGUCAGAAAAGUAUGCCAGAGUGGAAAACCAAUACCAGCUACUGAAAAUAGAAACCAACGAGUUCCAAGGACUUCAAAGUAAAAUCAGUUUAAUUUCAGAAAAGCUUGAGUCUUCUGAAAGUAUCCUGCACGAAGCUACAGCAUCCAUGUCUUUGGUCACCCAGUUUGAGCAGGAAGUGUCCAGCCUGCAAAGCAUCAUACGUGACAUUCAAAAGAGCGAAGAUGUUCUCGCUCAAAAGAUGGAAAGCCUUCAUGAGAAAUUCCAGAAUGUUACAUAUUUCUGGAAGAGAAAUCUAGAAGAAAUGAAUAUUAAUACAGACUCCUUCAAAUCAGAAGCAAAACAAAUACAUUCUCAAGUUAAUGUCCAAAUUAACUCAGCUGAACAAGGAAUAAAAUUGCUCACUGAACGACUGAAGGAUUUGGAAGAUAGCACACUAAGAAACAUUAGAACCAUCAAAAGGCAGGAAGAAGAAGAUCUUCUCCGGGUAGAGGAGCAACUUGGCUCUGAUACAAAAGCAGUUGAAAAGCUAGAAGAAGAACAGCAUGCUCUCUUUGACAGAGAUGAAGACUUGACUAAGAAGCUUUCUAACUAUGAACCCAAAGUUAAAGAAUGCAAGACACAUUUGCCAACAAUUGAAAGUGCUAUUCACUCCAUCCUCAGGGUCUCUCAGGAUCUAAUAGGGACAGAAAAGAAAAUCGAAGACUUGACAAUGCAGAUGUUUAAUAUAGAAGAUGAUAUGCUGAAAGCAGUAUCCGAAAUUAUGGAGAUGCAGAAAACUCUUGAAGGAAUUCAGUAUGAUAAUAGCAUAUUAAAGAUGCAAAAUGAACUCAGUGUUCUAAAAGGCAAAGUUCAUGAUUUUAAAGCCUAUUCAAAUGCCAGAGAAAAGGGAACUUUAGAAGAUUAUAAUCUAGAAAACGAAGACAUUGAUGUUGAUUUUUAAAUUCAGAACACAUAUUCUAAUGAACUGUACUGUUUUACAUGUAAAGUGAUGAGUUCUGUGUUCUUGAGUCCUUGUGAUGUACCUCACUCUAUUCUGCAUUACUGGAAAAUGAGUGAGUUAUCCAGAGUCAAUGUUUAUCUUUUCAAGCACUAGAAUUUGUUUAACCAUUUUAUUUCUAAAAUGUUUCUGUACUUUUUAAAACAAUAUACUUAUUCAUUGUUAUUGUAUUUCUAUAAUUCACUGACAUUAUUAGGAAUUUCACUUAGUAAAAUGCAUCCAAAUAUGUUGAAGCCUCAAGAAGCUAUUAGGGCAUACUUAACCACUUCACUGACCUCAGCUUGCUGCUUUUCAAAUCUUAUGUCUGUUCCAUAUACUUUCUCUGCUGUCUGUUCCUAUUGUCAAAUUAGGAUAGUAGUGUACCUGCCUCAGCCCAUUCUUCAUAUUCCCUUGUAUAGGGAAUAGUUAGGAUAGGCUACUAAUUCACACCACCAGCUUCAGAGGAAUUGUGUCUAGAACAAAGCUAGCAUGUCCAUGAGAGCCUGGGAGACUUUUCUACAAAUUUAUGUGGACUUUUUGAAAUCUAUGAAGUGGAAACUUUUAUGGUUUUUGUUAAGGUUCCAAACUAUGUUACAAAUACUUAGAAGAGUUAUUUAAAGUAAUAGUGGAUAUGUUCUCAUUAAAGCCUUUCCAACAUAUAUAGGCAUUGAAAUAACAGACUUUAGGAAUCCCUGGGAUUUUUUUUUUAAUAGAUGGUUUUGACUGUAUUGUAGAAAUUGUUGAGUUCUUUUUAGAUGUCAUUCUACUUAUAAUAAAAAUAUACCAAUUAGCCUGUGACCUAUUUUAAAGAAAAAAAUUUUCAAGAGAAUGUUAAAUUAUAAUAAUUAUGGAAAUUAAAAUGAUUAUUUUAGUGAUUUCUGUAGGCUAAUUACCCAACUAAAAUUGCUUUACUACCCCCCCCCAAAGUUAUAUAAUCUAUUCACAGAGAGUAAGAUGUGGUCAUACUGAGAAGAGACCAAGAAGGUCUAUCUAGAUUUUCACAAUAAUGAUAAUCAGGAAUAUAAGAUUUUUACUGACAAACUGGUAUGUCAAGAGGAUCUAAACUAGUGUUGAAAACUGGGUCAACUGAAUAUGAAGAUCUGUUCUUGUUUUGUUGUUUUCUUGCCAAUAACAUCUAUAUUCCCAGUUUUAUAAUGUAGUUUCCAUGAGAUUCAACUCAAACAAUUCAAAAGCAGGCACUUACAAAACUAGUUGGGCCCAGGUAGUCUUACUCUGUAAAUUUGCAGAUUUUUUUUUAAAGCCCCAACAAACUCUACACUGGGACUAGAAGGACCUAUUUUAGAGAGCCAUGGGUUUUAAAAAUAAGCCAACAGGGUAAUACUAUUAACAUAAUUUUUGGACCCUUAGCAAUUAGUUUCUUGACUAUGAAUGUCUAAAUUCUUAUUUUUGUGCACUUACAAAAACUACUUGUUUUUAAAAAUUGUACUUGUGUAUGUUUUUAUUUUUAUGCUAAAAUAACAUAUUCAAUAGUUAGCUGGAACAUUGUUCUUUAACCUCUAACCUAUCAAGGCAGAAUGAGCUCUUUUCUCUAGUACUGAUCUUUUUUUCUGCCUGUCACAAAAUUUACUAGAAAGUUUUUAUGAAGUUGUAUUACCACAGUACCAUAGUCAUGCUUAGUGAGAGUAGAUCAUUGAAAACAAGGUAACUACUAUGUUCUAAGAGGUGAAGUCAGAAUGUAGUGCUACUAGGGUUCCAGUUCAUGUACGGGCUAAUUCCAGACAAAAUGUGUUUAAAUAGGCCCUGCAGUUGCGUGGCAGCAGACAGGUUCUCUCAGUAAUACACCUGUCUUUCAGUCUCAUUAGGGGACUUUCCACAAAAGGUCCAAUCAAAACAGUGGCUUCUGAAAUCUGCUGGGCCAGUUCAAAUCAAGGCAGAAAAGUCAGCUGAGAUGUUUAUGGGAACUUUUUUAAGAGAUCCCAGAGGAGUAAUCUUCCCCCCCCCCCUUUAUUUUGUUACUCCAAAGGCGUAAUCUUGAUAGACGUUCUUGAAGAACACAGGACAAUCACAGGGUUUCUUUAGAAAGCAGUCUAAGAAUAUUGAAAACUACGUUAGUGAGGAAAAGGCCAGGAAAAUUUACCAAGGAAGUUUUUUCCAUCACAGCGAUACACCUGCUCGUUCUUUGAGGGUAGCAAGUGCUAUUCUAUGAGAGAACUUUGUUGGGAAACCUCACCGGAUCUACCCUACAGGCCUGAAUUUGACUAUUCGGAUGUCUUUCUGUUCCCCCAAGUUCACAGAACAAUGAAAAGGAACAUGACUUGAGUCCCUCAAGGAUGCCAAAUCUGUCUUCUUGCCGUAGUAUCAAUUGAAGGCACUGAAUCCUCAGGGAAGGGCUAGAGAAAAGGAAACAACCUUCAGAAGUGUAUACACCUGGGUGGACACCAUAGCUUCAUAUCUUGGUACUUUUGUUUAAUAAAGGGAUCUUUGAUUUUUGGGAGGUAGCAAUACUUUUUUACUUAUUCAUAUUUAAUGUUACUAUACUCUCUGGAAUCUAUAGUAUGAGUUAUAAUUUAACAGUUACUAUCCUGUGGAAAUUUAAAAUACACUUCUACAAAUAGUAUAUAAAAAACAUGUAGAGAGAGAAUGAUCGCUGGUGGCAUAGUAAUUCUGCAUUGGGCUGCUAAUCACAAGAUUGGCCGUUCUAAACCAUCAGCAGCGCC